AUGGCUGGUGACCUCAUCUGUCAUAAACUGUAUUGCUAUGACCUCUACAUCCCAUCUGCCCCUGCACCACGGAACAAGGAGCAGAUAGCUGUUGACAACUUUAUUAAUGAGAAGAUUGUGGAAGUCCUGGAGAACGAUGAUUACUGCUGUUACCAUGGUUACAGGAAUUUUGUUGGUGGAGAUACCAUCAUACAUGCCAUGCAGAAACCCAUGAAAAUUAUCCCUGUUACACUUAUACCAGUCUACAAAGACCAAUACUUCCGAACUCUUUUAGACAUACUUGUAACUGCAGAUAAGCUGAGGAGAAUUGUACUGCUUUUGUUUGAUGCUACUUAUACUUUGCCCAAUCUAUGGCAAUGUUGCUUUUCAGUAGAAGUCAACGACCCACAACUUUUGCGCAAAAUAAAGAAAACUAUAGAUCGUCAUAGAAAACUGAUUCCAUUGAGCAGAAGGAAACAGAUAGUAUUGAGGGAAAUAGACACAGAGUCUACUUCGCCCUUCUCAUCCUCCAUAGGCAGAGAUUCCCCUUUCAGGAGGUCAGAUAGAUCAAGGGAGUCAUUCAGACCGUACUGGAGACAUCACUGCACCUCUUCCUUCAGCAACUCAUUCUUGCAGCACAGAGUGCUUCCCCACAGAGAAACUGAAGACAUCCUGAAAGAAAUGUCCUACAUAUCUUUUCAAGAGCUGGAUGAUUAUUUUAUGAGAUACUGGGAUGCUAGCAAUGAGUGGAUCAGACAACAGAUCUGUCAGAUGUUGGUCAAAAACAUCAAGAGGGACUUUCUGACUUUCUCUAGGUUGGCAAACCUGGAGAACUUAGAACUGAGAGUAAGAAAUCUCAUCCAAUGCAACAGCUCUGCUUCCAACCAGGAGCUUCGCAUUCAGCAGGAGAAACUACACUGUUGGAUUCUGGCAGCAAUGUUUGUUCAUGUCUCCACAACAAACAAUGGAAAACUGAAGGCUCUGUUGAGGGGAAUGGUCUUUGCAAAAUACACUGGACCUUCAGAGGAGAGAAAUUACGAGUACCUGUGCUUUAGUGCCUACCAGAAAAUCAGAAUGGCCAUCUCCACUGCUGUAAAAAAACAAAUACCCUGGCCAAAUUUUAUAGAAACGUAUCUGAAGCACUUGGAAAGUUUCCUUAAGACAUUGGGGAAAAAAGUGACUUGCGCAAACCAGAGGGUCAUGCAGUUCCAAUUCAUCCAGAAGCAGCUUCAGAGAGUACCCUGGAUGAUAAGACAUAUCUUUAUUCUUGUUCUUACUGAAAAGGUGUUUGAAGACAAACUACUUGCAGUCAGCCAGCCCUUCUUCUUCCAUGUGUGCACAAAGUUGGGGAAAAAGCACUGGGAGAUUCUACUGGAAAUCACUGAGCGCAUCACUGAACAUAUCCAAGCCAGCCACACACAAGGGGCAGUAAAAGAGUACCUGCAUCUUCUCCAAAGCCUGUGGGAAUGGUGGAUGACAACUGCCACUAAAAAGAAGACAACUUUGGCAAGGAUCAUCCUCAAUCAUUUCUUCCAAAAGUUGCUUUACCACCCUCUGAGUGAGGUGAGACACUGCGUUGCACCAUUACUCUUUAGCAAGGAUGGCACAUACACACAUGCUACUGAGCUGGGAAACAAGGUGAUCCCAGCUGAUCCCAGCCACGUGGAGGCAGCUCUCCGAGAACAUCUGAAGGUCACCUUCCCUGAUCUUACCCUCAAGGGACAGAUGAAGACAAAUGCCAGUAGCAUUGUUGUGCAAGGUAUCACACCUGUCGGCAAUGCAAAGAUCUACAUAGCCAAACAACAGACCCUGAAUGACAUCUUGCAGACAAAUGCCACUGACAGUGACUGUGAAAGGUUUCAAGAGGUGAUCAAAAUAGUGGCUCUCUGUCAAGACAGGGAGUCCAUUGCCAAGCUGCAAAUGUCCAGUGCCUGUGGAGUGCCUCCGCUGUACAUGAUGGAAGAUGGGAACCCGCUCUUGGCUUUCUUGCAGGAAAAAAGAAAUAAGCUCACCCAAUCCAUUAUAAUAGACAUGUUAAAAGAUAUUGCCAGAGCUGUUGGGUCAUGUCACCAGAAAAGAGUCUUACUUUGCAACAUCACUCCAGCCAGCUUCAUUGUGGUCGCAGGUGGGCGACAAGGAACUGGAGCACUUCGAGUGCAGGUCAAGCUGUCUGAUUUCUUCCAGGCCAGGCUGGCUCCCCCACAGGAUGAGAGAUACUAUUCAGCCACUGAUUGUCCCUACGAAACCAUCAAAUCUGGACAGCUCAGAGGAGACAGUGAGGAGCCACUGUCCAUAUACUUCAGUGCUCCUGAGUCCCUGCAGUAUCACAUCUUCUCUGCUUUCUCCGAUGCAUGGGCUGUUGCUGCAACAUCUUACUCCAUCCUCCUGUAUGGUGGGCAAACAUACUUUGAGCUCAGGUACUUGCCUGUGUCCAGAUUCAUAGGAGAGGUCUGUAGUGGGCACAGAGCACAAAGACCAGACUCAAUUCCUCUGAAACUGUGGGACAUAAUAGCCCCCAACUUGGAGCAUGAUGAGGCAAAGCGUACAUCCAUGGAGGCACUGGUAGAGCACCUGGAAAACUACAGGAGGACCCUGGGGUCAGAUCUGGACAAGCCACAUGAGAUAAUAAGCCAGUUCUCUCCCAUCCGUGAGGAAGAUAUUAUAAGGGGCUACCUUGACAGCAAAGGCAACUUCAAGAAGAGUGAUCCACUCAACAUAUUUCCAGAGAAGUGUGAAGACACUGUUGGGCGAAAGGAUGACUGCUUGUGUGAGUUCGUGUCAUUCAGAAUGAACCAUAUGACCAAGAUGGCUCUUCACACACUACAGCAUGAGAACAUACUGCCGGUAAAAGAAAUCAUGCACUACUUUCCCAUGACCACCACGCUGAUCUCUGAGCCUCUUGAUGGCAACCCAAAGUCCCUAAUAGAAGUUGCUGCAAGUCCUAGCAUGGAUGAUGUCAAACUUCUCACUUGCCUUGAGCAGGUUGCUGCUGCCAUGGCGUAUCUUCAUUCCAGGAGGAUCAUACACUGUGACCUACAGUGUAGUUACAUUUACAUUAACUCUGAUCACAGUUGCCCAGAGGUGAUGGCAAAAGUUGGUCGCUGGGGAAGAGCAGUCUGUCUGCCACAUCUAGGGACAGAUGACAACCUCUUUGAGCCUUAUGUGCGCAAAGUUAUGCCAACUGAUGCAGCCAAGUGGGCUGCCCCAGAAGUGAGAAAUGAUGGGCUCUAUUCCCGAGCAUCAGACGUCUUUAGCUUUGGGAUUAUGAUAUGGGAAGCUUUAACAGCACAGUUGACCAACCUGCACAUGUACAAGCCACUGAAACCUUUCCACUCACUGAACAGCAGGGAGGUUCUAAAAUUCACGGAGUUAGGAGGUAUCCCUCAUGAUUUUGGUUUUCCAAACCUCGCCAGACUGAUUGGGUGCAUGAAAGCCUGUUGGAAUCACAACCCCACCAGGAGACCUGCAUUUUCUGCCAUAUUAGAGACGAUCAAACAGGAAAAACAAGCAGUCAGGGAAUCGGAGACUGCCAGGCUUGAAGCAGUGCCUUCUCAUGUUGACAUGCAGGACUACGACUCUGUUGACUUGGGGAGCAAAGCCCCAGAGGAGGACUCCUUCAGCCAUAUUUACGACAUGGUUCUAGAGUUAGAUACUGAUCUCCCACAGGCUGCUGGCAAUGUGUUGGACCCUGGCGAUCCCCACCAAGUCCAGCCGUCAGAAGGGAAUGAUCUUUAUUUCUCCAGGCAAGACAAAUGGGGAGAGAUGGUUUAUGAGUUUGAGGCAAAAAGAGGAAUAGACAGGAGCCCAGCAGCUUUCAAGGAGACUGGAUGGUAUGGUGAUACUGGCAUUAAGUGGCAUUAAAAAAAAAAAGAUGGAAAAAGCAAGAUGUUGGACCUCUGCAAAUCCCUGAUUCAUGGCAGAUGAAAAUCCCAGCAUGGCCAGUACCAGCCAGGAGAGGACAGUGGGAUCUCAUAACACUCGGAGGAGCCUGAACACCUGUAAAAAUCACAGGUGGGACUGAACAGCAAAAGGACAUCCUCUCUCCUGCAUCCUCCCAUUCUGGUCAGAAAUUAUUAACAAACUAGCCAAGAAGCAGAAGUUGUUAAUUUCUCAAAAUAGCACAGUAUCAGUGUCGUGGUUUAACCCCAGCUGGUAACUAAGCACCACACAGCC